AUGGCUUAUCCUCAAAAGCAGAAUGUGUAUGCUGCUUUCUUUACAAAUGCGGGUUCAGGGCAACGUUUAGUUAUUACAAUUUCAUCAAUUCCAUAUGAGCCAGAAUCGAUAACACUAACUUCGCAAAUUUUUGGUAAACUUCCGAGCCAACCCCAACAAAAUCCAAAGAGUAUAUUUCAAACAGGCUCAUCAUCCUGCAAGGAAACCUCUCCCGAUCAAGUACAUGCCAUUACCACCCUCCGAAGUGGUAAAGUCAUCGAGAACAAAGUGGGCGAACCUAAUGAAUCUGAUGGACGUCCUUUCUUAGCUACGUCCAAUGCGAUUAUUAAUUGUCGUAACGGAAUGUUGAAACUGUCUUUUGGCAACAUGACGAUAGAAUUGAAUGUGUUCGAUAUUAGUCAACAACCUGUGAAUCUUGAUGAUGAUGAUGUGCAUGAAGUUAAUAUGAUUGAAGGAUUAAUACAAGAUUCAUUGAUUAACAUUCUAGGUAGGAUGCCCUCACGUUGGUCGAGACAAGACCGCUCUAAAUUCCUGGAUGAAGUUAAACAUUUCCUUUGGGAUGACCCAUAUUUGUUUAAGCACUGCCCAGACCAAAUCAUUAGGAAAUGUGUCCCCAACACCGAACAGAAAGAUGUGAUAUCUUUCUGUCAUGACCAAGCCUGUGGAGGCCAUUUCAGUGCCAAGAAAACCGCUGCAAAGAUCUUGCAGUGUGGGUUCUAUUGGCCAUCGUUGUUCAAGGACUGCCAUGAUUACUGUGUUUCCUGUGAACGUUGUCAGAAGCUGGGAAGCAUUUCAAGGAGAAACAUGAUGCCAUUGAAUCCUAUUCUGAUUGUUGAGAUUUUUGAUGUUUGGGGGAUCGACUUCAUGGGUCCAUUUCCCAUGUCUGACAGCAAGUUGUACAUCUUAGUCGCCGUUGACUACGUCUCCAAGUGGGUAGAAGCCAUCGCAACCAGAACAAAUGACCACAAGGUGGUACUUUCCUUUUUAAAGGAAAACAUAUUUUCACGUUUUGGUACCCCGAGAGCUAUCAUCAGUGACGGUGGUUCACAUUUCUGCAAUAGGCACUUCGAGUUUUUAGUACGCAAGUAUGGAAUAACUCACAAGGUUGCUACUCCGUAC